AUGCGUUUGCGUCUCUCCGUUAUAGCGACGCUUUUCGUCUCUCAUUGUGUAGCUGCUCCCACUUCUUCAGCUACAAGAGAAACAAACGGGGAAGGACUCCUAGUCCAAACCUCCAGCGGCCCUAUACAAGGCUUCUUCAACCAGACAGCCCCUGAUGUUCGACAAUGGCUUGGCGUCCCAUUUGCAGAGCCACCAGUUGGUGACCUCCGCUUUAGUAGCCCCGUGAAGAAACAGCCCAAUGGUACAGUCAACGCCUUUGCACUCCCCUCAUCAUGUAUCCAGCAGACAAGCAAUAGCUCCACGAUAUACACUACCUAUGAAACGGGAUUUCUCAUCAGCGGAGGAGACUCAGAGGACUGUCUGUACCUAUCAAUCUGGGCACCUCGCAUUGAGAACAUUCAAUCACAGCAGCGUCCACUACCAGUGCUGCUUUAUAUCCCCGGAGGUGGGUUCACAUCUGGAGGGGAAGCGUCGCUGUACAAAAUCCCCGACAAAUGGGUGCAACGGACUCAGGCUCACAUCGUGGUCAUCAUGAACUAUCGCGUCAAUGUCUUCGGCUUCCCGAACGCCGAAGGGCUAUCUGAGCCGAACGUCGGCUUACUCGACCAAAGAUUGGCAGUCGAAUGGGUCGCAGCCAACAUCGCCAAUUUCGGCGGUGAUCCCGCACGGAUUGCCCUAUGGGGUCAAUCCGCCGGAGCAGCCAGCGUAACAGCCUACUCAUACGGAUAUCCCGAAGACCCCAUUGUCGCCGCUCUCAUAGCCGACUCCGGUGCUCCAAAUAUAGUUGACAACGAAGACUACGCACACACCAACUUCACAUUCCUGGCGAGCCUAGUAGGCUGCGACGGACUCUCAUCCACCGAAGAACUCAGCUGCAUGCGAAACGUGUCCGCUCGGAAACUGCAAACCGCUCUCUCGACAUACUCCGGCUCGCCAUCCAUCUCAUUCACACCAGCCGUCGACAACAAGACCUUUUUCGCCAACUGGACCGAGCGUGCUAUUGAAGGAAAGGUCGCAAAAAUUCCCCUGAUAACAGGAAGCAACACCAACGAAGGCGCCGGCUUCGUAUCAUUCACCCCAGCGGGGCCCAGCAAGUCCACACUCUUCGAAAUAACUGAAUCAAUUAUCGCCUGUCCCGUCGCAGAGGAAGUCAAGAACCGCAAUCUAGCAAACCUCACCACCUACCGGUACCAAUACGCAGGCAAUUUCACCAAUAUCUCACCCCUACCUUGGUUCGGAGCGUAUCAUAGCGCGGAGCUCCCUAUUCUCUUCGGUACGCAUUAUGAGUAUGGUGGCCCCUCUACGCAGUAUGAGUGGGACGUGAGUUAUGCUAUGCAAGCACUGUGGCUUUCGUUUGUGGAGGAUCCGUCGCGGGGCCCGGUGCGGUUUGCUGUUGGGAAUGCGCCGGCGAAUCCGAAUAAUGGGAGUUAUUUUGCCUGGCCUGCUUUUGUGCAGGGGUCGGAUGAUCUGUUGGUUUUUGCGGAGGGGGGCAAGGUGAUGCAGUUGGUUGGGGCGGGAAGGAUUGAUGAUUAUUGCUGA